AUGAAAUUUUCUCGCGUCAAGAUACCAGGUGUGAAACGUGUCAUCACAUUAUGCAGUGCCAAGGGAGGUGUGGGCAAGUCCACGACCUCUGUGAACGUCUCUUUGGCCCUCAAGAAUAUGGGUUUCAACGUGGGCCUCGUCGAUGCCGACAUCACGGGUCCGUCAAUUCCGCUUAUGAUGGGUGUAGGCCAAUCCCAGGUGGAGACGUAUCGCAUCGCCGGCAGUGACCGCUUCGCGCCGCCCAUGAACUUCGGCGUCAAGGUCAUGAGCAUGGGUCUAAUCGUGCCUCACGAUGAGGCGAUCGCGGUGCGAGGCCCUAUGAUCAACAAAUACAUCCGCGCACUUCUUUUUCAGACGGACUGGGACGAAUUGGAUUACCUGCUGAUUGAUAUGCCACCCGGCACCAACGAUGUGCACCUCACAAUCACCCAAGAGGUGAUUUUGUCAGGCGCUGUUAUCGUCUCAACGCCGCAGAAAGUAGCUUUAAUUGAUGUACGUCGUGGCAUUGACAUGUUUGUAGCGGUCAACACCCCCGUGUUGGGUCUCGUAGAGAACAUGAGUUAUUUUUCGUGCGAUAACUGCGACAAGAAGCACUAUAUUUUUGGCAAUGGUGGUGUGAAGGCGGUUGCGAAGGAGCUGCAGGUCCCGCUGUUGGGGGAGAUACCUUUUAUUGAGCGCAUUAUGUCCGAUACGGACCAGGGUGUACCGCCUGCGCUCCGUGGAGAUGAGGAGCUUCCGGCUGCCAGACCGUACUAUGAGCUAGCGGCACGAAUCUCCGAAAGACUUGACUCUCUAAGCGAUGUCGAGGGUGGUUCCGCAUCUAUGACGUCUGCAGGACCCAAAAUCACCUUUGAGCAGCAUGGGUGAAAGGAAGGUGGGACACCAAAGAAGUCUGUCAAGAAGGGCUCAUGAAGGUGCCGUUACUCUCGACCCUUAAUGGUUUAUAAACCUCCAUACAUCUUCUUUUCACAAGAUAAAUUGACCCUAAAACACAGAGGGUUUGCAAUAGCAAGAAUAUUCACAUUUAUUAUUACCGAAAGCAAAGACUGUAGUCUAAUAAGGGGGGGUGACCCUUCCAUAAAGACAUGGAGUCAAAUUAUUACAAAUGAUUUGCCUAUAUGAUUGCGUCCUGAUUUAUUCUACUUGCUUGUGGCUAUGAGCCAUUGCACUUCUAAAAAAUAAAUCUGAUACUUCCGGUGAGGCCUAUCUGAGGGCCGCUCUACUCAAAACGGGUCCUUAUGAGCUUUGGUCAAAACAAUUAAAGCGAUU